AAAGAGGCAUUUUGUGUCCAUUUAAUGGACAAUGGUUAUCGACAUAAUAUUAUCUCUUGAAAUAUUUUAUGAUGUAUGCAUGUAUUUUUAACAAAUUGUUCAUACCAAGCAUGAUUUUGUUGCGAAACUCAAAUAUCAUUAUGGACUUUAAUAAUUUCAAGACGGAAAAUUUUGUUAGAACACCCAAGCUGGGGUCAAAUCUUAGUGGGAUUGUAAAAAGGAAAGCAAUUACUGUCUUGAAAUGUAUAUUAUAUGUGAAGGAGAAAAUAUUCUUUCUUAAAAUAAUCGGAUGCAAAAUGGAAAACUGACAGAAAUAUUUCACCACGCAAUGAAAAAUACGUUGUGUGGGAUGUACGUUAUUCAUAUCAAAAUAUUUAAAUAUUUAUGACAAGCAACUUUUUCUUUUGCAAUGCACCAUGUAACAGUUAAUUUGACAUAUAUAAACGUACAUUAUGAAUACUUUUCCCAGCAUUUUAAAAGCUCAAUCAUGCACCUCCUAAUUCAUGACAAAAACCUUUAUUCAACAUUAGCAUGACUUUUUCAUGAAUAUUUUAAUUCAAGCAACCAGAGGAGUGAAUUUACCACAAUAAGAAUCAUCAACUUAAUGUGCAUGUGUCCCUUAAGCAUCCAUGUCUCUCUUAAACUGCACGAGUGCCAUUUGGUGAUAUACUACAUCUCUUCAGUCUACCUAUAUCAAGAGAAGACAAUCAAAAAUUCACGUGAAAGAAAUUUUUGGGGAUGCAGAAAUCAAUAUAGGUUCCAAAUUUUGAAAUUGGUUGGGGAAAAUGCAUAUGAAAUAAUGAAGUUAUUUCUGCAAAUAAUAAUGAAGUUAUAGGGAAGCAUCCAUUUAUAGAUAAUCGUAUUUAGGUGAUAAAUUGGUACUACAAAUUUCAAAAUGUUUUGUCCAAACGCGAAGCACUUGUUAUAAUUAAAUUUAUAACCAUGAUUUUUAUGUCUCUGGAAAAGGAGCAUAUUAUUAUACAGCAUUUUGACGUCUCACAUUAGAAUUAACAAAGGCCUUUGUAUAAUACUGCUGUCAGCUGAUCUUUUCUGAAAAGCUACAAUAUUAUUUGCACUUUCAGUGUAAAAACUAAUUGGCUAAAAUAACCAUAAAAAUUAGUUACCUCAGAUGUAUUUAAUCACUUUAAUCAAUAUUUUUAAUGCUUACUUUAAAACAAUCAUGUGGUUAUUUUAACCAGUCGGUUUUCACAGUGUUCAAGCAACAUCAGAAAACAUGCUAUAGAAGAACAUCUUUGAUCAAUAUAGGCACAACACGUUAUUUAUCUCGUCAAAUUAUUGUUAAAAGUCUAUCGUUCAUGCUUUUUAAUCAACAUUUAUUUCAGUGAGAUUGGCAUUAAAUGUAAAUGAAAUAUAUUUUGCAAAUGUACUGCGCAUGAUGAUUUUAUGCUUACAAGCAUGCCUCGUACCGAAGGUACUCAUCUCAGGUCUUUAUAAUAAAGGUGCAUUUUAAAUAAAGGCCACCCCAGAUAAAAUGUUCCCAGCAUGCCUCUGUGGAUUGGUUUUAUUGGAAUCAUGAAAUGGCCUCAACAUUUGUCUGAUCUGCUGCCCACUAAGCUCGCAUGUAAUGAACUAAAUCGAAUUCUAAGAGCUACUUUACCCUCAAAUAAAACAGAACUGCAAGGCCACUUAAAGAAUGAAUGGCAAAGAAAUUUUUGAGGUGAUCUACGAUAACAACAAGCUGUUUAAUUUAUUUGUUAUUUUAUAGAAAUUCAAACAAAAAUGAUAUUUCUGUUCGGGAUCAUUGCACUGCUACCCGUCGAUCACGUCUCUGGAGAAGUGGAGGAAAUGUGUAAUAGAAGAGAGACUACUAAUGCCACGUAUUGCUUGAAUGUUCUAUUGAAAGACUACGAUAUUCGCACUCGACCCUUUACACGAAAACAAUCUGUGACAAUAACUGUGAAGGGGCAGAUUCAACAGUUUAGAGAUAUUAAAGAAUCAACAAUGGAAUUCACAUCUAGUGUGUUUCUUAUUCAAAAAUGGCAAGAUCCUCGUCUUCAACACAACUUUUCCGUCCACUUAUCCUUAAAAGGAAAGGAAGUCAACGAGAGAUUAUGGAUUCCUGAUAUAUAUGUAACAAAUUCCAACCAAUAUAUACUUCAUGAAGACAACCAAUUAAUUCACAUACAUCACGAUGGCAAUAUAUAUUACAGUGCAAGAAUCACGAUAGUUGCUACAUGUCAAAUGGAACUGAAAAAAUUUCCGAUGGAUGCACAAGAAUGUAAAUUGACUUUUGAAAGUUAUGCGUACAAGAAAGAUCACAUGCAAUUGUUGUGGGUCACAGACAAACCAAUUGAAGUUAUAAACACACAAAUGGCUGAAUUUGAAAUCGGUGAUAUCGAAUCCGACAUCAAAUGCACAGUAGAAAAUGUGUCAUAUCCAGCAGGAAAAUACUCGAGUCUCGUCGCAACAUUCAAAUUUAAACGACGAAUGGGUUUCUAUCUGAUACAAGCUUAUUUUCCAAGUUUGAUCAUCACAAUCCUCAGUUGGAUGUCAUUUUAUAUUGACCCGAAGGAUAUUGGAGAACGAGUUUCUUUAGGUAUAACCACAAUAUUAACUAUAGUUUUCCUACUUGGUACGAAUAAUUCUUCAAUGCCAAGAGUAAGCUACGCCAAAGCCAUAGACUGGUAUCUCAUUACAAGUUUCAUGUUUGUGUUCAGUACUUUGAUUGAGUCUCUUAUUGUUUUCAAAUUUUCUCGUGAUGAUGACAUCUCGAAAGAAGAAAAUCAUAAAAAUAAAAUGGACGAGCUUAAGAGCUACAAGCCGAACAACUUGACCAGGGAGAAUUCUAAAAAAGUUGAGGCAAUGAAACAACAAGAGCCAACAUCACCAUGCUUGGUUGAUGAAAAUGGUGAAACAAGAUCUCUGUACCUGGCUUUUGCGAAAAAUGACUUACACUUUGCUUGUUGCAAUUCAUUCCUCUUUAACAAGUGUCCUCAAAAAGCGGCCAUUCCUAAUACAAACCGUAAGUUUUCUUUGAGUCACAUCAUCGAUCGUGUGUGCCGUGUUUUUUUCCCAGUGUCAUUUUUAUUCAUGAAUGUGUUAUAUUGGUCUUUGCUGGCUUAAAAACUGAACAAGAGCUAGCAACUUUAUUGGUCAAUACGAAGAAGGGUGGUGCUUUACUACACUUCUCAAAGAACAACAACUCUGCAUUCCUGUCCAUAACUGUAACGAAAAACUCAUCUCAAAUACAUUUUAAAAGUAAUUAAGGAAGUAUUAGUUGGUCAUGAUUUUAUCAGUGAUGAUGUGACAGACGGAACUUGAGAUCAGUUCAAAGUGUAAACAAAAAAAGUUGAUUAUGUUUAUUCUAUAUUUGCUUAAACUUGAUGAAUAACUAAGAGAUUAAAAUUAUCUAAUAUUUGUGUCAUAUGCAAUGAUGGUAUCCAAGUAUUGUAAAUUAAAAAUAAUACAGUCUAUAGCAUGUAUGGAGAUGAGAAAGGAACAGCUAACUAGCUACGUUAAUGAUUUAUUCAGGACAAAAAUAUUCAAAUGUCAUCUGUUUCCUUGUAUGAAUAUAUAAGAGCGUAUAUUCAGAGAGACUCAGAGACUUUACAACAAAUUUCGUGUAUUAAAUAGCAGUAGAAAUUACAAAUCAUUUCAAACCUUGUCA